AUGAGCACGAUACAGAACCUGAAAAAUUUCAUCCGCCACGGCAAACAGGCGCGCCUGGUCACCCCUCAUGCCGAACCGACCACUGAUGUCACCCCUGUUCACGCCCAGCAACAACGCCAGCCUCAGGGCCAUUACACGAACAAUCUAGAUGCCAUCGACCACAAACAUGGGAGUACUCAGCAAUCCAGCCACAAAGCCCCCGAGUCGUCGCACAACAGCAAAGUCUCGCGCGCCGACAUCGAGAAAUUGGUCGCCGAGGAAAGGAAUAGUAAAACGAAAAUGCCCAGGUAUCCCGGCUUAGAGCGGUGGAUUCUAAUCGAGAAAAUGGGCGAUGGCGCCUUCAGCAACGUCUACCGCGCCAGAGAUAGCACCGGUCAGGCCGGCGAGGUCGCCAUCAAGGUCGUCCGGAAAUUUGAAAUGAACAGCAACCAGCGAGCCAAUAUAUUGAAAGAAGUCCAGAUUAUGCGCCAACUGGAUCAUCCCAACGUAGUCCGACUCAUCGACUUUUCAGAAUCCCCUCAAUUCUACUACAUCGUUCUCGAGCUCUGCCCCGGUGGUGAGCUGUUCCACCAAAUUGUCCGCUUGACAUACUUUAGCGAAGACCUGAGCCGUCAUGUCAUUACCCAAGUGGCUCAUGCUAUCGAAUACCUUCACGAAACCUCUGGUGUUGUCCACCGUGAUAUCAAACCCGAGAACCUACUCUUCUACCCCAUUGAUUUCGUUCCAAGCAAACAUCCUACGCCAGGUCCUCCCGGCGAUGAAGACAAGGAAGACGAAGGCGAGUUUAUCCCAGGAGUUGGCGCGGGUGGCAUCGGGAAAAUCAAGAUUGCCGACUUUGGCCUUUCCAAGGUCAUUUGGGACAGCCAAACCAUGACUCCAUGUGGCACUGUUGGCUAUACCGCUCCCGAGAUCGUCAAGGAUGAGAGGUAUUCCAAGAGCGUUGACAUGUGGGCGUUGGGCUGUGUGCUCUACACACUGCUUUGCGGCUUCCCACCAUUCUACGACGAGAGCAUUCAGGUUCUUACCGAAAAAGUCGCACGAGGUCAAUACACAUUCUUGUCGCCGUGGUGGGAUGACAUUUCAAAGUCAGCCCAGGACCUCGUGUCCCAUCUUCUCACCGUUGACCCAGACAAGCGGUACACUAUUCGCCAAUUCUUAGACCACCCAUGGAUUAAACAAACCAACGAACAAACGCAUGCAGCAGCCGACGCGCCGCCUCUAGCCACGCCGCUUGUUUCCCGACAGAAAGAAGCCGAAAUCCUAGGAGACCAACUACCGCUUCCUUCAACCGUAUCGGAGCGCCGUCUUAUGGACUUUAGGUCGCCGGGUGCCGUCAACCUCCGAGAAGUGUUCGAUGUUGGAUACGCCGUGCAUCGCCAGGAAGAGGAAGGCAAAAGACGGAAGAAUUUCCGCCAGGGAUACCGUGGCGCGCAGCUCAACCCGCUCAACGAAGACUACGACUUUGAAGAGCCGGCCGCCGACGACGAAGCCGAAGCCGAAUCCGAAAACCCGCCAGCAAAGAUCCCGCGCUCCUCGCAGCAGGCCAGCGACGUGGCAGCCAUGGAGUACAAAAUGCGCUCGACCAAUCUCGGUACGCAACCAAGCAGUGCCGCCCAAGCCCGCCAUUCCGUUGUCAACCGCGCACCACGCCAGCAACAACAGCAACAGGGAUACGGCCAGCAUAGCGCUGCGGUGGCAGCUGCUGCCAAGCAGAAUGCUGCGCGCCACGCCAGACAGCCAUUUGAGCUCAACCUAGCCAACGCAACUUUACUAGAGCGACGAAGGCAGCCUGGCGAAGUUGCCUAG